AUCUGGGCCUGAUGUCCGGACUAGGCAGGUCGGUGGGAGCGUGGGUGGAGGUUCUUCGCCCUACUAGAUAUACUCGCAGCGUAAUGGAAAUGCGCCGACGAAUCGUCUAGCCGUCCCGUACGCGGCUGUCGCUAGCGAUUUGUUCGCUACCCGGGUUAGCUCUAUACGCUGCAUCUGCUGCAACCCUGCGAGGAGCGAGGAGCGAGGAGCGGGGCUGCGCGCUGCUUGUAGGGAAGUUCAAAUACUCCAAAGUGACUCUUCCCACCACCAGCUUUGCUUCUCUUCUUCGAAGCUCGUCGGAUUGAUGCUCUCCUGAUUUGGUGCGCUUGAAGUCCUAUCUCUUAAGAUAAUAGGAAAUAUAGCAAAUAUAGCCUGGACUCACCAUGCAGUUAAAGACGCUUUUACUCUCGUCGGCGACUCUGCCGCUCGCAACGAGCGAGACUGUCCUCGGCGUCUACAUCUUCCAUCGCCAUGGAGAUCGGACUCCUAAAAGUCUCGCGCCCACCAACUUGACUGCGUUGGGCGCCGACCAGGUCUUUCAGUCCGGCAGCUAUUACCGCAGCAAAUACGUCGCACCCGAUGCCAGCUCGCCCAUCAUCGGCUUGAGCAACGACAUCGCCGUGCCCACACAGCUAAGCGUCGUCUCCCCCGCGGACUCCGUGCUCCAGAGCUCCGCGAUGGCUUUUCUCCAGGGCGUCUAUCCACCUGCCGGCGACAACGGCGUGUCCAUACUGGCCAACAAGUCCGAGGUCCAGGCUCCGCUCGGCGGGUACCAGUAUAUCCCCGUCGGCGUAUCGUCAACCGCCUCCUCGAACCCCAACUCGGAGAACAACGAGUGGCUACAGGGCGGCUCCGGCUGCGGCAACGCCAUGGUGAGCUCCAACAACUACUUCCAAUCGACCGAGUUCGUCAGCACGCUAGACCGCACCCGGUCUUUCUACAGCGGUCUUCUGCCCGUUAUCAACGGCACCUUCAGCGCCAGCCAGGCCAACUUCAAGAACGCGUACACCAUCUUCGAUCUGAUCAACGUGGCUACCAUCCACAACCAGACCAUCCCGUCUGAGAAUCUGCUUACGGACGACACUUUGUUCGAGCUUAGGACCCUUGCCGACGCUCACGAGUGGAACCUAGCCUACAACAGCAGCGACCCGAUCCGCGCCGUUGCCGGUGCCACUCUCGCCGCGCAGAUCCUGCAGCAGCUCAACUCCACGCUGACCAGCCGCAGCAAGACCCCCGUCGGCAUCCAAUUCGGCGCCUACGCGUCCUUCAUGUCCUUCUUCGGACUCGCACAGCUCGACAAGCUAUCCGCCGACUUCACCGGCGUAGUCGACUACGCGUCGUCCAUCGUCUUCGAGCUCGUCACCAACGCCAGCACGGCCUCCUACCCCAGCCUCGACGACGUGUCCGUCCGCUUCCUGGUGGCGAACGGCUCUGCCGCCCAGAACACGCCCCGCGAGUUCCCGCUGUUUGGACAGAAACAGUCCCCGCUCCCGUGGAACGAUUUCGCAGCUGAGAUCAACAAGUUUGCCAUCGGUGAUACGGCGGCGUGGUGCCAAGCCUGUGGAAACACGACGGGUAUCUGUGCGAGUGCAGCGUCUUCGUCGGAUGAUUCUAAUAGUGAUAACGACAAUGGUGCGGCGGCCACCACGUCUGGUAACAGCAUUUCGCUCCCCGUUGCUGGUGUCAUCGGCGCUUUGGUCACACUUGUCGUAAUUCUCGGCGUUGAAGGCCUUGUGUAUGCUCUCGCGGGCCUGAAGCUCGUUAAGAAGUCGGCUCUGGCUGCUGGCGCUGGUACUGGAACUGCUGGUGUUGCGGGUGGUGCUGCGGCGGCGGGUUCAAAGGCUUAGAGCUACGUAAGAUAUUGAUGGGGAAGAGGAUUGUUUACGAUGAUACCAAAUAUUGUUUGAUGAGCGACGAUGUAUGAUGAUAGCGCUCUAUAUCCGACGUUUCAAAUACGGAUUUGCAAUUUAAUAAAUAUGAAAAUAAUAUGGUAUUGUUUAUAUGAUUACUAGUUAUAUAAAUCAAGAGAUAUUCUUAAUA